AUGAAUAAGAGGUGGCGGUAUACACCUAGAAGUUGGUUCACAACCCGUCACAAAACCAAAAGAAGAAGAAGAUGCUUGGGGAACUCCAGCAACCGCUGCGUCCUCAACCAGUCCAGCAGGUGGCGCAAACGCAUCACGUGUCACAGAAAACAGCACGUGAAGAAAGUUCAGCUCACCGUUUCAACAGCAGAUGUAUGUGGUGUUUCUCUCUGUGAUCAAACAUCUCCAGAUCUUCUGCUUUCUGUCUGUAAUGAAGAGCAGAAGACAUCAGUGAAGCUGCUGGACUGUGAGAUGGAGCUGAAAACACAAAUCAAAGAAGAACAGACAGAUGAAGAUGAUGUGUUUUAUUCAGACCUGAUGAAGGUGAAGGAGGAAAGUUCAGGAUUGAAUGAAAUGAAGGAAAGUUCAGAACCGAAUGAAAUGGAGGAGAAAGACCAUCAUCUCAUAACUGGAGAAGAAUCUCUGACCUGCUUGAAGACUGAGAAGAAUGAAGACAACAAUUCUCACAUGUGCCCUCAUUGUGGAAAGAUCUUCACAUUUAAAUCCAAUCUUAACAGGCACAUGAGAAUUCACACUAGAGAAAAAUCGUAUAAAUGUGAUCAGUGUGAAAAGAUCUUCGUUCGUAAAGACCACCUUAAAGAGCACAUGAAAGUUCACACUGGAGAAAAAUCUUAUAAAUGUGAUCAGUGUGGAAAGAUCUUCGUUCGUAAAUACAACCUUAAUUUACACAUGAGAGUUCACACUGGAGAGAAAUCUUAUAAAUGUGAGCAGUAUGGAAAGAUCUUCAAUCGUGAAUACAAUCUUAAAGAGCACAUAAGAGUUCAUACUGGAGAAAAAUCGUAUAAAUGUGAGCAGUGUGGGAAGAUCUUCGUUCGUAAAUUUAACCUUAAUUUGCACAUGAGAAUUCACACUGGAGAAAAAUCCUAUACAUGUGAUCAGUGUGGGAAGAUCUUCAAUCGUACAGACCACCUUAAUGAGCACAUGAGAGUUCACACUGGAGAAAAGCCUUACAGAUGUGAUCAGUGUGGAAAGAGCUUUUCGUGGACAACGUCUUUGAGAGAUCAUCUUCUCUAUCAUUCUGGAGUGAGAUCAUUUCAGUGUGAACUGUGCAGUAAAGCCUUCAUUUCUGCAAAUAACCUGAACCAACACAUGAAGAUUCAUACAGAUGUGAAGUCUUAUGUCUGUUCCAUCUGUGGAAAGGCCUUCUUACACCUCUCCAAACUUAAAAAUCACAAGAAGAAAACACACACAGGCGUGGGAUCUCAUAUGUGCUCUGAACAGAAAUCUCACCAGUGCGCCUCAUGUGGACAGAGUUUUCGGAAAUCAAGAUGUCUUGAGAUUCACAUGAAGAAGUGUUGUAAAGUUCAUCCACAUGAAACCGUUCCGAUCAGAAAAUCCCUGAGAUCAUCUGCAGUAACUUGCUAAAAU